CUGACUACGGAGUCGGCAGUCCUACGUCGACCCGCGUGCACGCCGCCCGCCGCGCAGUGUCGUGUCGCGCCCUGGCACGCGCCUUCCAACCCCAAUGGACUACGAUCGACCAAACGAAUUAACUUAUUUUUCAAUUACUUCUAUAAUACACUUCAACUCUCCCGAUAGAACCUAUCGAACGAAUCACGCGACCCUAGUAUGACUGAAACUCAAUUUCGAAAACUUUUACCGACUUUCGAUAAUUAGUGUUUUAAUUAUCCAUUGUAGUGAACGAUUUCAAACUUUUUUGGUUUUUUUCUAUUCAAAUAUGUAUCUUAAAGAGGAGUUGUUGAGAACCCUAUUUACACAUAAGAAGCGACUGAAGUUUUUUUCUUGAACAUUUUACCCGUUUCAUGAACUAUUUACAAAAUUUGUGGUUUCGUUUUCUUCCCUAAGAACCUUUUAGAACCCUCUACUAUUUCUAGUAAUACGAGUGUGCUGAAUUUAAAUCCAUAAACAACUUUAAUCUGUGUAGUCGUUAGCGUAAAAUUAUAAGUAAAGUGGUUUUAAAGGCGUUAAAACUGUGUCAGUUUCUUUGAAUCUUAACCAGCAGUGUGGUAGUGGAUCAUUGUACCCUUCGAAUAUUCCAUUAAACUGAUCGUUGCACUUAAUAAGAUUAGGGAGUUUCAGACAGUUAAGCGAAUUACGUGGGCGGUUGAAGAAUAACGCGACAUUAAUGGAAGAAACUGCUUCGUCGAACACUAGUUAUGGCUCAAAAUCCUUCCCUUGAAACAUUCCUUAAUAGUUGUUCAUCUUGUCUAUUUAUCAAACCACUACGUCACCUUUAAAAACAUUCCACGUUGUGGUCGAAAUAGAUUUUUAAGCUUUGUGUCAAAAAUAAUUUAAUUUUAAUUGGGACAUUUCGUUAAAUUAUAUCCAGAACUAGAUUGUAGUGGUAGUGAGUUAAAGUGACGCGCGUAAACCUCUUCGGAGGGCGCGAAGAAUUUGCGCGAUGCGGUCUCACCAGGGAUGUACGUAAUAUAUCCUGCGGAUGAAGUAGUUUCCCUGACUUACAGCUCGCAUUCGCUGCCCCGGCCCCGGCAGCGGCCUACACUUGAUAUUUUGGUUGGACCGCUGCUGAGUUUGCCAUCCAGCACGCACCCCCUGCCCUUGGCCCCCACCCUCGUCUGCGGCAACUCUCUCAAAACGGCGCCCCCGGAGCCAGCGGAGCGCGCGCCGGCAUCGCCGACGCCGUCGCUCGACCGCUCGAGCAAGGUGCGCGAGCGAACAAAAGCCAAGCUUUUCAAAAAGCUCGGACGUCACGAAAACAAUGAUUUCGGAAAAAUUGUUAGGACACCCGCCCCCGACGAGUUUGAACUACCCGCUCCUUUGCCAACUCCAGCUUUUUCUAGGAAAAAUAUAUUUGAUCGCGAUUUCGAUGCGUUAUUCGAAGUGGCAAGUACUCCGCAAUUCGGCGCAAAUAUUCGCGUUACGACCCCUGAGCCAGAUCAUCGACCAGAUGUAUCAGCAUCACAUUUUCCUUCUCCUGCGGAAUCAUCUUUAAGUCUGCUUCCACCUCGGCCCAACUCUGAGCCGACACCCUCACCAGGGAACUCGACUCGCACUUCUACACCACAGCGUUCGUCUCUUGAAGGUACUAACUCUAAAUCGAAGAAAGUUAGUUUCUUUCGGAGGCUUGGCCGAUCCAAAGAUUCGACGCCGCCGAGACGUACCUCAUCUUUUACCAUGCAGCAACCAUCAGUGGAGAUGGCUCUUCGAGAGCUAACGCAUCCAAUUCAUAAUGAACAGCUCAAGAAUCAACAGCAAGUCACCUUCAAGCUGGUUAAAACAGUGUCGGACUUUACGACGCAACUGUCACAGCUGUAUGAGCGGCAUUCCUCCGAGCUCCAGAUACUCGUUGCCAACUUCCGCAAACGGAACAGCGAACUCAGAAAGGAGAGAGCAACAUGUCCGUCUUCUUUGUUCCACACGUGGGAGACGCUAUUGCAAGAAAUAGAAGCAGAUGUCAUCGGUUACAACAACGCUUCUUCUUCUUUGGAGCGUAUAGUGGCGACUCCACUUAUAGAAAAAACCUUUCACAUGAAGGUACAAGCGCGGAAGCUAUUUGCGCAUCGUGAGGGCUGUGAAGUGAUUCUUGGAAAGGCAGAUGAUCAACUCACUAAGAGCCGUCAAGACUACCGGGCGGCGUUCCUGACCUACUGCAACAGUCCGAAUUCAGCUGCUUUGGCCACGUACUAUGAUUCACACAACAAUUAUGUGCAGCAAUUAACCGCUACAAACGCGAUGCUUGAACAAUACCACAAACAUACUCUGCCUACUAUACUACAGGAGCUGGAAGAGAUUCUAACUGAAGUUACAACUGCUGUAAGUGACGCAAUUUGCCAAGGAGGAGAAAUUAUAACUGAAAAGUGUAACACUCAAUUGCGUCGCUAUGAGUCUUUGUGUGCUCAAGCUCGUGCCGUAUCCAGUACUGCUGAUCUGGCGCAUUUAGCUCGCACACUUCUGACUGCACAGCCACCAAUGAAACCGCCCAAGCGGGCUUUCCUGCCGCCUUACCCGCCAGAACCUGACGACCCGCCACUGGACGUUCCAGCGGAGAGCAUGCCUCCAGUUCUGCGUGAAGAAAUGCUUCUGGACCGUAUGGCUGGUGGACAGGCCCGACUGAGCUAUGAACAGCUUAGAAAAGACGCUCAAGAUCUCGAAACCCAAAUCAAACUUUUACAGGAUGGCUUGGACUCUCUAGCCCGUCACCAGAAUAGAGGACUCGAAAAUAGUGUCUACAGUAAAGUCAAUGAAAUACAAGAGGAUAUGUCAAUAAAGAAAUAUGAAUACAGGGCGACCCAACUCCAUCUUGCGGCUGUAAGAGCUCAGAGAGACCUAUUCGCGGCAAAAGCAGACAGCGCUUCAGGGGUAGAUCGAAAAUUAUCUUCGUCUUCGGCAGGCAGUAUGAAGAACAAAUGGUUGAAGGCUUUUCGGAGCCUAAAGCCGCCUAGCGCACCUCCGCCACACGUGCCAGAUAAGAGAAAUGGUGCGGCGCGCGAAUCUAUGCGUUCAGGAGAUUCCGAGGCACACAAUUUCCAAGAAUAUACAUACAAAAAAAUCACACCUUGCGAUGUAUGUUCACAAGUGCUACGAGGUCACACCAGACAAGGUCUCCGCUGCCGUUUAUGCAAAAUGAACGUUCAUACAGAUUGUAUGCCACAAGUAGGCAAAUGCCAAACAAAGUCCCGGCUCUUGCGCAGACAGAAAAGCACUUCCGAAAUCGAGUCUCACAGAGUUCAAGAGACUGCAUUCGAAGAUGAAAAGGAGGAAGUGGAUCAGACCUACCAAGUUCUGAAGCGCGCCAACGAAAUAUCGAAGCCGGGCGGCGGGGGGCCCGUAGUGCGCGUGUCGGCGCCGGAGGAGUGUCCCGCGGCGCGGUCGCCGGCGAGGCCGUCCGCCGGACUGGCUGUCGCACCCCAGCCUCUCUCUUCCAGCUCAGGCGCGGCGAUGCGGCCUGACGGCGGCGUGCGGCGGAGGCUCUUCGCCGGAGUCAAGAGUUUAUCGAUGUGGGGCUCACGGUCUCGUCGCGGCUCUCCUCAACACCGAUCAAUUUCUCUACCGGAAACACCGCAUUCGCCGAGACGUCAAAAGUUGAACCUUAGGAUGAAGAGCUUGUCGUUGGACUCGCCAGAGUGUGGAGAGCUGAGGCGUCGACCAGCAAGAGACCAACAGCCCUCGCAGGGCAGCCGUGUCCUAUGUUACUGCAGAGCAAAUUGCAUGAGAUAUGGCUUUCCUAGAAUAAGUAACCACCUCGUUCAUAGAUACACGUGUUCAUCUCCAUCAUCGCCGGUACAUAGCAGGAAGCUAUUGAAUACACGUGGAGGUCGCAUGAGCAGCGUUGAAUUGCCAGACGAACCGGACAAAAGCCUGUCUUCUAACAGCGCAAGUCCGUGCCCUUCGCCAGUUAAACAACAGAGCAAACAUCAACGUCUUCUUCCAACGAAUCUGUAUGUGAUUCUAUACAACUUCAAGUCUCGCCAUGCUGAUGAAUUAGAUCUUAAAGCUGGUUACAAAGUGACCGUCAUCGACACCUCCGACCCUGACUGGUGGAAGGGAAAAUGCUUGGGAAAGAUUGGAUAUUUUCCAUCUAAAUACUGCACAAAAUUGCAAGCCGGUGAAAGACCUCUACAAGUCACCCAUAAUCUGCAGGUGUCGGACGGAGACAAUGGACUGAUGCUGCUCCGUGACCAAAUCGUGAUCCAAGUAGGUGACGAAGUGGACGGAAUGGUGAUGAUCAGAUCUGGCGACAAUCGCCAGGGAGUAUGCCCAAUUAAAUUUCUUCAGGAGGUGUGACGCUUCAGGCUGCCCAACUUCGAUUUAAUGAAGAAGCGAGGAUCCCUUACAGACGAGUCGAAGUUCUACCACCCGCCGAAAAUGAUUCAAAGCGCACCAGUCACACCAUGCGACAGCGAAUCGACUUGGUCGGAAAGGAAUUGGUCGAAGUACAACAAUGGCAGCUCCCCAACAUACGUUAGAUCAGGGUACGAUAAAUACGAUAGUUAUAUAGGAAACGACAGUACGGGCCUUGAUGAGGACGGCCACAGAGUUUAUGCGGACGGCAUGUGGUGGUGGCAGAGACCGUUGGGCGUUCGGCGGGAUCACUGCCAAAGGUGUGGGGCUUCGUCUUCUAAGAGGCCUUUGAAGAUGAUUCCGUGUGCCGGAACAAGUCAAGACGUACCAAACCACUUACAACCCAGACCGCUGCUAUCCCGCGAACGGCCAUUGCGUUUCGUAAAACAACUCUUUUUGUAAUUCUAGACCAGGGGUGGCCUACUUGAUUACCAGAACUAAGAUCUACUGUCUACUGACGAAACACCCUGCGAUCUACCAAUGACAUUUGAAAUUUAACGAAACAAUGUAGUUCAGUAUACAAAUAAGUAGUAUAUUUUCUUUUAUUCCUCCUCCUUGCGUCAAUAAUCCUCAAUGCUGAGGGUUGUGGCCUCUCUAAAAACUUUCUCCUGUAUUAUCCUGCGCCAUUCCUGCCUAUCCUCGGCUUUGUGGAUAGCAACGUGGACCGUAUCUGGUCCGGCCAUCUGUUACCAGCAACAGCAGCAAUGUUUCUUUUAUUAAAAAUAUUAAUAUACACCUGAAAUUAUAUAAAAGAGAACUGUUGUGUAGAAGAGAGCAUAAAUAAUGUGACGUACCUAAUGGUCGUUAACAAAUGAUACCAGAUGAAGAUGAUGCGUGCAGCAAUUGGUGAUUACGUUGCUUUAUAUUUUUUGUCUUGCCAGGAUCGACUGAUCUAAUGGUCAUGAUCGACCGGUCGAUCGCGACCUCCCCUGGUUGGCCACCCCUGUUCUAAACAAUUUAGCCUAAUAUUUUUACAGAUUAAUUUUUUGUUCACAUUCGUAGGUUUGAACGUAGACGUAUGUUUGUUCCACUAAUAUUAUUAUGUAUAUUU